AUGCAUUCUACCUUGCAGGCAGAACUGAGGUUCUCGCAGCUAAUAAAGAGCACUUGUCGCCAUUGCGCCCGAAACCACGCCUCCAAAACACGCUCCUUUCAUUCCACCAACCGAUUGCGCGUUCCCCAAGACUCCCCGAGCAAUUCUAACUCACUUAAUGGCCGCUUUCCUACCGACCAUGCGACCGACUCAGCAUCUCGUGGAGAGGUAGCAAGAGGAAAGACUCAGGAAGCCGCUGCUUCCUAUCCUUCUCUACCGCCAGAGACGCAAACCCCGACAGAGAAAGAAUCUUUGCCUUCAGAGAAUGCAGGCAAGGAGCAGCUCAACUACUAUGGGUCGCCAGCCAAACGGCGAUUGCGAAAUCGUGCUUCUAAAGAGAAAGAGCCUGAAAUCAAUACCAAACUGCCUGAUUGGUUUGCUGUCAACAAUAUUCACCUCUUUGGCAUGGGUCCGCUCUCAGCCGAUGAAGCAUCUACCAUUGAUAUAGUGCCUGGCUAUGAAGGAGGAGGUGCGCCCAAACCGACUGGGGUCCCUGCGAAACCCGGACAGGACGCAAAUGAAUCAAAUGAAAGUCACCCGAGUCACAGUACAUUAAGUGAGGACUCGACAAGUAAAGCCGUGACUUCGCUGUUACAAGAUGGCUCUCCGGAAACUGCUCAAGAUGACAAGAAAUAUUACAUUGUGGCUGAUCAGUAUGAAGAGGUGGUCCGUACUGCAAGAGGGUUAUUACACAGUGGUCAAAGUUCUAAGCGUGCAGAGUUAGAUGAGCAUCUCAGGAAUCAUCUCCUUUUGUCAUACACUGGAUCAGAUGGCGCCGUUUACUUGGAUCGACUCGUCGAAACUUUAGCACGAGACCUGGGCUGUGGCAUCGUAUCUCUGGAUGCUCAAGAUAUUUCCGAACUUAUAAGAGUUUCUGGUCAACCGAUUGAUGUUGCCAUGGUUGGGCGCCUACUCAGUUAUGAAGUCUUCUCCGAAACCUUCUCCGACCCAUCAUCGACAACUUCGGAGAUGGCUUCACAGCAGUCUUUGGAGGAGGAUGAAGAUGGCCAAGACGAAGACGAAGAUGAUUCUCUUUCCGACAUGAACCGUUUCUCCGAUUCUGCCGGACCAAGACCAAUGCCUGGUAUGCCUUUCAUGGUCGGGAGGCCUAUUACCAUUGCUCUUAAGGAUCUUUUGGGCGAUGCUCCUUCUCGGUCGUCUUCUUCAGGAGGACGCACGAGAUUAAUGGACGUUUUUGGACCUGGUUCGCUUUCAAAGAAUAAACCUCGUAUGCCCGACUUCACCAACAUAAUUGACCGUUUGAUAACAACUCUCAUGCAAUUUCAAAAAUUUUCUGCGAUAGAGAUUUCUGAAGACGGUGAGCAGACGGAGCGUGCGGCCGGCGAGCGGCGCAAAGACGCGGUCAAAAAGACAGGAACACCAGCCCAUUCGACAAUAAUCCACGUCAAGGACCUUCGAGCGAUACAAGAAAUGCAUAUUGGUAAUCAAUUCCUCCAAAUGCUAUAUGCAGGUGUCUCUUCGUACCGCGAAAACGGCGCAAAUAUUGUUAUUGUUGGUACAGACACAACUCGAAGAGUACCGAUCACCAAACAGAAAAUCCAGGAUAUUCAAGAUGGAAGACCACAGGAAAUCUCUCAGAACGUCGUUUUGACUCCGGUAUUACCAAAUACCAGAUCGAAAUUAACAUUGCAUCAAGAUCGCAAGAGAAGAAUUGCCACCAUCAACAUGAGGCAUCUAUGGCAAAUGAUGAAAGUCAGAGACUCGACAAUAUUUGUGAAUCUACGGGCCGGAUUUUGGCAUGGUAAUUUCCUGGAAGAGUUGCAUCCUAGUGAUCGACUAGAACUCGAAGGCCAUGUCUGGAGCUUCGCUUAUGUUCAACGCCUGGCAACAUAUCUCACUGGUAUGCUUGCUACAAAAGUACCAUCGGACGCUGACAGAAAUCUUCGUGACCAACCCAUCAUUGGUCAAGCAGCAGCCAUGCUACGGAAUAGUGAUGAAAGCAAGGCACAUUGGGCGACCACCUACAGAAAGGCCAAUAAAGAUGAUUCAUCACAACCAAAGUCCACCGACGGUGAGGCUUUGAUGAAGCUGUUUAGAAGUCAAGGAGGCCCUGAGGUCGAUGAGCAAGUGGUCCCAUCAUUUGACGAUUCUCGAUUACGCCGAAUCCGUGCAUCUGCCACCAAAUAUGAGAAAAAACUCAUGACUGGUAUCAUCGAGCCGAAGAAUAUCAAAACCACCUUCAACGAUGUCCACAUGCCAGUAGAAACCAUUGACGCCCUUCAAGUGCUAACCACGCUCUCUCUCACCCGUCCUGAUGCUUUCAAAUAUGGUGUUCUAGCAUCAGAUAAAAUUCCUGGACUUCUACUCUAUGGACCACCUGGCACAGGAAAAACACUCGCUGCUAAAGCAGUAGCCAAAGAGUCCGGAGCCACUAUGCUGGAAAUCAGCGCUGCUGAUAUCAACGAUAUGUAUGUGGGCGAGGGCGAAAAGAAUGUCAAAGCACUUUUCAGCCUCGCCAAGAAAUUAUCUCCUUGUGUUGUCUUCCUAGACGAAGCAGACGCCAUCUUCAGUGCCAGGAGUAACUCUGGUCGUCGUGUCAAUCAUCGAGAACUUCUCAAUCAAUUCCUCAAGGAAUGGGACGGAAUGAGCAACGACUCCGGCAGUGCAUUUAUCAUGGUUGCCACAAACCGACCCAUGGAUCUUGACGACGCCGUCCUCCGUCGCCUGCCUCGCCGACUUUUAGUCGAUCUCCCAACAGAAUCUGACCGACUUGAAAUCCUCAAAAUCCACCUGCGGAAUGAGAAUCUCGCUUCUGACGUCGAUCUCCCAGCCCUAGCCAAGUCGACACCUUUCUACUCAGGCUCUGACCUGAAAAAUCUCAGUGUAGCAGCCGCACUGAAUGCCGUCAGGGAAGAGAACCGUCUGGCCAAACAACACACUGGAACUGAGCCAUAUCAACAUCCAGAACGCCGGACACUCACAGGCAAACAUUUCGAAACUGCCAUGGAAGAAAUCAGCGCUAGCAUCAGUGAAGACAUGACCAGUCUGAAAGACAUCAGAAAAUUCGACGAGCAGUAUGGUGACAAGAGGGGCAAACAGAAGAAAACUCCCAAGCUUGGUUUCCCCACUAAGGGCAAACAGGAGAGGGAUACCAUCAAGGUGCGAGAAUAA